GGAAGUGUUUAAAGCUGACAAUCUCUGAAGUACUGUUCGUUUCAGCAUCUUGGAAAUAAACCACAGCUUUAUUCUCUUAUUCAGCCACAUGGGAUUAAUGCAUAGAUAAGAAUAUCUAUACUGAAGAAAAUCACAGGAAAACUCAAACUCUGCUACAACGUCACAAAGAAAGUGUUCUCGAUAGUCAACACUACCAUUUCUUCUCCAGCUCAGAAAAAGCCAGACACAUUUUCUCUGCUAAAAUGACGACUUUCCAGACUAUGUUUUUUUUAUUUUUCUUUGUGCCUUUGGUGAAGUUAGUACCUCCAAUUCAACAAGAGUCACUCAAUCUUUAUGAGUAUGAUACAGACAUUUUCGAAGAACUGUUUAAACAAGAUUAUGAAGACAAAUCCCAGGAUGCAAUAAAGAAAAAGGGAAAAGAUGACAUGAUUGUUUCUCCUGACUCUAACAUACAGCUGGAACUGCAGAGAGAUGAGAGUGUACCUAAAGUACCACCAACCAAAGAUACAGAUUUGGCCACUUGUCUGCUGUGUGUGUGUUUAAGUGGAUCGGUAUACUGUGAAGAAAUUGAUAUUGUUGCUAUUCCCCCUCUGCCAAAGGAAACAGCCUACCUUUAUGCACGAUUCAACAAAAUAAAGAGAGUGGCAGUCUCAGAUUUUGCUGAUAUUCCUACGUUAAGAAGAAUUAAUUUAAGUGGAAAUAGGAUAGAAGAAAUUGAAGAUGGUGCCUUUUCAAAGCUUCUGUUAUUAGAAGAACUUUCACUUGCUGAAAAUAAACUGAUAAGACUUCCAGUUCUGCCCCCCAAACUAAUUACAUUUAAUGCAAACUACAACAGGAUUAAGAGUAGAGGUAUCAGAGCAAAUGCUUUCAAGAAACAGACCAAUUUGUCAUAUCUCUAUCUCGCACAUAAUACACUGGAAUCUGUACCUCUUAACUUACCAGAGAGUCUGCGUGUUCUGCACCUUCAGUUUAACAACAUAACCUCAGUCACAGAUGACACGUUCUGCAAAUCCAACAACACACGUUAUAUCCGUUCACGUAUGGAUGAGAUAAGAAUGGAAGGCAACCCAGUCAUCUUGGCAAAGCAUCCUAAUGCUUUCUCUUGCUUGAAAACACUGCCUGUAGGAACAUAUUAACAACCACUAUCUAUUAAUUAUACAUGCUAAAAACUUAAGUAUGGUAACAUAUGAUCAUUCCUGUUCCUUUUUUAAAUGACUAUCCUUUCCCUUGCUAAUUAUGUUUUUCUAUAUACCUAAUGAACUUUUAAUCACGUUAAAAAUGUGGUUCUAGUCUGAAAAAUCACCGUGUAAAAACAGCAUCUGCUCACUUGACAGACCCAAUACUACUUGUACUUUCAGAUUCAUGUAGGUUUAUGACAGUGUCAAAAGUAUGGGCUUAAACCUGCAACACUUACUUCUGCAAGUAUCCUUUACUCAUAGAUAUCAUUCCUUUAGCUUCAGUGGUUUAAUUGCAAUACUCAUAUGAAUAAGGAUUGCAGGAUCAGGCUUUAAGUUUGAACUACUAUAUUCAUACUAACACUGCAAAGCAAACACAGCUGUGAGAAUGUUAUUCUGGCUUGCACAUCAGCAGAAUUGUUAAUUAAGUUCCAAGAGACAGCCACCCGCGGCACCUCAAUUGCACGUUGGAAGCAAUGGGGUUGCACUGGUGUAACUACAACCAGAAUCUGGCUCAAAUCAUUUUAAUUACUGAUUAAAAUCCAUGACCUGUAAAAAGCACAGAUUCACUCUAAUUCUUUGUCUUGAUCAGGAAAACCACUGAGUUUAGAUCAGGCUUCGAGCAGGUGAACUUUGUUUUUCCUUUUGGUAAACCAAGAAAGUUUCAACUGGAACUCACUAAGAAAAAAUAAAGAUGGACUUGUACAAUGUCACUUUUUAGAAUAGAAGCCAUAGUUCAAUUACUGGAAAAAUGUAAAAAAGAGACACAGAAAACUUUUUAAAAUGCUUAGGAAUAAAAUGCAAAGUUGGUUCUAUCUUAAACUGUAAAACAGUAUAAAAACCUAAUACAAUUAUAUUACCAACAUGGUUUUAUCCUUUUAGCAUUUUUCAGAUACAAGGAAUACAAAGGGACAUAGUCUCAUAUUAAUGCUGGGGGCUUUUGACUGACAGUUCAGAUUAAAAUAAAGAUAACUACACCCUAAAGAUAUUGAUUCUGACUUAACACAAAUACACAAUUUCAGAUUUCUUUUUUUUUUCUGUUUUUGUUUGUUUGUUUCAAUAGGAAUUUGCACAGUCCUCAUUUGGCCCAGCAGCUUCAUAAAUACAAAUGUACAAAAAAACCUAAUCACUAAUACUAGACUUAUUUUUUCUGGACAAGUGAUAUAUAAAAGGAGCUUGCUGAAAUACAAAAAGUUCUCAACUUUAUAUACAAAUAAUAAAAUAGUAGCUAUUUAAAUUUCAAAUACAUAAUGGUGUUUCACUUCGGAAUCACUGUUUUUCCUUACUAAUACGAAGUCAGUUUACAGUAACAACUUUUUUUUAAAUCUCCAACCUAAGUAAACAAUAAUAUGACAGUGCUUGCAUUAUGGGCUAUUAUAACCUGCUCAACUAAUAUAGUUGAAUUGAAUAUUGUUAUGUGCUCAUUAAAAGCCUGAGGUACUGUUGCUAUUUGUUUGGCUGGUUUUAAUUUUCUUGGAGAAGAAAGUGAUUAUUUUAUUAUAAUUAUUUAAAAAAUAAAAAUAAGCCAGAAGAUAUUUUUAAUCUUGAAUCCAUAAUUAAGAAAAAUCACAAUCACACUUGCGCCAGUAUUGUUUCAUUUUUAUUUCUUUUAAAUCCCCUGACAUUUUGAAAACUAAAUCUAUCACUCUUGUUGGGGUUGAUGAAUUAACUAGCAGCUAGAACACUUGAUUUUCAUUUUCCAUUUAAAAAAAUUACUCCGAGUCAUGAAACUCAUAUGCUUUAAAGUUUUUAAUAAAACAUAAAAGAAAAACAGCCACCCCACAGCAGCCACGAUUAUAUUCCAAGUCCAAGCCAAGCUGAUGCUAAAAGGAAAAAAGAAAAACAUUUCUUUGUCCUAGUAGUGGCCAAUGUAUAACAAUAGCCAGUAUAAGAGUAAUAAUAUUGCAUAUGUAGCAGGCCCACUAUAUCUUCAUCUCAUUCCAAACCUUGAUUAGUAGAGAAAGCUCUUUCCAUACAUAAAUAGGAUCAAAUAACAAUGAUUGCUUUCCUAUGAGAAAAUAGGUUUUUAUACAUAUUAGAAAAUCUGGAGAACAAUCUCUUUGAGAUUACAACAUUCUUAUGUUAAGUUAAAUUUUGGAACUGUAAUGUUUGACAGUGUCACUUUAAAACAACUGCAUCUGCAUAUUUAUGUUAUUCAUUUAUUCACAUGCUAUAAACUCACUGGGAAGCCAACCAAGUAUACUGCUCUUUACUUUCUUGUGAUAAUUAUUGAUUGCUUGCUUUAAAAUCAGACACUGACUACAUAACUAUCAUUGCAUUGUCAGUUUAAUAUUUUACUGCAAUCAGUUCUUAUAUCACUUAGUUUUAAAUACAGUCUUAUCAACUACAUAACAUCCAUGUAUAGUAUACAUUUUAUGUGUACAAAAUUCAAACAAGCUUGAUCUUCCAGUCUAAUAAUAUGAAAUCAUUAUGGCUCUUAAACAGAAAGUUCUAUAAAUGAGCAACUAACAAAAACCACCUGUGACUGCUUCAAACCCCAAAGGAAAUAUUUGUAUGGAGACUAUCACAUAUUUGCGGCAUUUACUAAAAACAAACUGGUUCCUUGUGGCAACCUAAGAAGCUGACUGUUCCAAAUUCCUUAUCAGACAUUUGAAACAAAUAAAAAACUGCCCUCCAAACCACUGUUUUAAUGUCUCCCAAUUACUAAUAUUUUAUUGCCCUCCAGCAAAUCAUCAAAACAAAAACCUCAUCUUCAGAGUGGUUCCUCAUAUGACAAUAAAACACAGAAUAAGCAACACUAUCAUUAUUUCCAAAUGUGAACCUAUAACAAAAGGCUUCAGUGUGAUACUGUGCAAAGUCAUUUGGUCAUUACAUGCGUACAAAAUCUAAUACAACAGACAAAAUGGUGAUGCUCUAUCUAGGCCCAUAGAUUAAGAUGUCUAUUGUAAACUGAAUAUCCAUCUUUAUUUUUAGUGUAGGUGUAUCCUUUUUUAUUUUCAGUAUGAACAGUACUAUUUUAACCACUGCUUGCCUACCCUUUUGUGCAUUAAUAAUAAAGCAAAAAAAUAUACCUUA